AUGGGCGCAACAAUCUCAGAGUGCUGUGUGGAACGUGAGAAGGUGCCUGACCCUUUCUUGAUCCCACGCCGUCCUCCUGUACAGCCCACUGGAUGCGAUUUCGUAAAGAGUGCUGGGAGGCCGUGCAGACCGGAGGAUCACGAGAGGGCAUGCAAGGCAAGCGAGGCACAAGAGAAGCCAGAGCAAUCGGAGCAGCCGCCAGAAAAUGACGACGAGGAAAGGGAGGAGGAGGAGGGGGAAGUGUACUUGAGCCUUGUGGUCCACAACACCUUCCUCCACUACAUUCCGGCGGAGCCCGAGGGUACGAGCCGGCAGAGGUCUGAAAGCGUGCCACGCACGUUUCAGCCUUGCGGCUGGUUGUGCCGCCCGACUUGCAACACCGACGGCACGGAUGGGACAGGCGACAGCCAGGCAGAGCAGAGGACGCCGAGCAAUGAUGGCGCGGGAUUUCCGAGCCAGGGCGAGCCGGGGGCUGAGGCGGAAGAGGUGUACCAUCGUCUUGUGACAAAGAACACCUUUCUGGAGUAUGCUCGCGAUGACCUGAGUGCCAGGAGGCACCACCGGAGAACUCGCUCUGAGUCGCUUCCCCACUUGUCAUAG